GAUAUGUACAGAUAUACGAUAUCGGAUUUUUAAACUGUAUAUUGCCACAAUAUACAGUUUCAAUAACUAUAUACGAUUUGUAACGCCCAUCCCAUUCAUUUGAUCCUCUUUGGCCCAUUCCUACCGUUAAGUCAAACCAAGUUGAUGAAGUGAAGAAGGCACUGUUUCUGUAAACAAUGGACGGCGGUGACAGUGGCGAUUUGAAUGCGAAAUCAUAUUCGGGCAUUCCUGAGGCCGAAUUUGUUGAUAAUGUCGAUGAAUAUAUGAACAAGGCAGAUAAUUCAGGUGGUGUAGAUAAAGUACUAAGAAGGUUAGAUGAACAUCACAGUAAAUACAAAUUCAUGGAAUACACACUUGCCACGAAGCGGAGGCGAUUGCGGCAGCAGAUACCGGAUCUGGCCAGGUCUCUUGAGAUGAUAGAGAAACUUAAAACACAAAGGGAAGAAAUGGGAACUCAAUUCUUACUUAGUGAUCAGGUUUUUGUGAAGGCUAAUGUUCCCCCUACGAAGAAUGUGUGCUUAUGGUUGGGAGCCAACGUGAUGUUGGAAUAUUCCCUAGAAGAUGCAGAAAAGUUACUCACUUCUAAUAUGGCUGCUGCCAAGAAGAAUCUUGCUUGUGUGGAACAUGAUUUGGAUUUCUUAAGAGACCAAUGGACCACAAUAGAAGUGAACAUGGCACGAGUAUACAACUGGGAUGUGAAGCGUCGUCAAGCAGCUAAAGCCUCGAGCUAAUCCGUGUUCUGUCCAACGCGUAAUAUUUCACACCCGUUCAAAGCAUUUUAACUUAUAAGAACUGUUCAUUAUUAAUGGGUCUCCAUUAUCAUCCUUUGUAUUCAGGAAGAUUUACUUGUAAAACUAUUUCUAACCAAAUUUCAGGCGCUGUA